AUGGAUGAGAGUGAGGGACAAGACUUCAGUCAUUCUGCACUCAAUCGCCUUAAACGUGAUCGGUUGAUCGAGCUUUGUGAGCAAGAAGGUGUUUUGCAUGCAAAAGAUGCCACACGUGCAAUCUUGAUUGAUGCUUUACUCGCUCAUCACGGUAACAACCGAGAUGAUAUUGCUUCCAGUCAUACCGAAAAGCCAGACUCUACCAGCUCCACCCGUACUGCAAGACCAGGAAGUAGCGAUCCAAAUGCCAAGAAGACCAAAGGAAGUCGUGAAAACGUUACUGAGAGCGACAAACCUCUACUUUUGCGCACUCAAUCGCUUCGAAAAGAAUCGCAUUCUAAGCCUGGCACACCAAUUCCUUCUCAGAAUGAGGAAGAUCUUAAUGGCUUGGAUCUGGAGAGCCUCCAGUUGGUUGACAAGGAAAUUGCAUUCAAUAAGCUCGAAAAGCUUGACAAGAUCGGUUCUGGUGGGUUCAAAGACGUUUACGUUGGCAAAUACCACAUCACAAAAAAGACCACCAGAAAAGUUGCCAUUGCGGAUAUCCGCGAUCAAUUGAGCGAGAUGGAUAUCAAGGAAUUGACUCUAUUGCGUGAUCUCAAACAUGAGAACAUUGUUCGAUUCAUUGGAGUUUGCAUUCCGCCAGUCGAGAUGCGAUUGACGCCUUGCAUGAUCGUUUCGGAGCUCUGUGCAAAUGGUGAUUUGUACGACUAUAUCCGCAAUGUCGAACCUCCUCCGGAUGAUGAAAUCUUCCGAAUUCUAUUGCAAACUGCACGUGGGUUGGAAUAUCUACAUUUGAGUUCACCUGCAAUCAUUCACAGAGAUGUGAAAUCCACAAACGUUCUCAUCACUCGCAACAAGACGGCAAAGAUUAAUGACUUUGGUCUUGCACGUGUGCGAAACAAUAAACGAUCGAUGAUCAAAUCUUUGGUAGGAACGGUGAAUUGGCAAGCGGUUGAGCUUUGGUGUCCUAAACCGAAUUACAAUGAAAAAGUAGACGUUUGGUCUGCGGGAAUGACAUUUUGGGAAGCAUUACAAUGGCAUCAACCGGAGAAAAAGUAUCCUUUCCAAGAUAUGAAUGAACAUCAAAUUUAUCAAGACGUUGGUCAAAAGAAACUUCGACCUUCAACAGUUUCCAUCAGGAGAAGGUAUGGAAGUGAAAUCGUUGAAUUGUUGGAUAGAAUGUGGGAUCAAAAUCCUAAGCUUCGACCAACAAUGACUGAAGUGUGCGAAGAAAUGGAGAAAUUAGUACAAAUGAAAAAGGAAGCAGCUGUAGCUGCUGCUGCUGCUUCUGCGGACUCGGACAGCAAGGAUAAGAAAUAUAAAGCAAACAAUACAACACGCAAUGCAUCCCGUUGA